GCGCAUGCGCAUUGAGGCUAAGGCCACUCUGGGCGGGUCUGGGCGGCUCCAGUGUUUUGGGACCCAGGAGCUGUGGGAGGAGCCGGAGGCCUCACCGUGGUAACCACAACGCCGCAGCUGCCCCGCCUUGCAGGCCUCAGGACUGUCAUCGCGUCUGGGUGUGAGGGUACUUUGGCCACGGUCCCCGGAAAUAGCCCGGCCGGCUUCUCUCAGAUAACCCCAUCCUCCCCACGCCGCAGUCGCCGCCGCCAUGCAAGGGGAGGACGCCAGAUACCUCAAAAGGAAAGUUAAAGGAGGGAAUAUUGAUGUGCAUCCAUCAGAAAAAGCACUCAUUGUUCAAUAUGAAGUGGAAGCUACCAUUCUUGGAGAAAUGGGAGAUCCCAUGUUGGGAGAACGAAAGGAAUGCCAAAAAAUCAUUCNNCUUAAGAGUCUCAAUGCCAACACAGAUAUAACUUCCCUGGCAAGGAAGGUGGUUGAAGAAUGUAAACUCAUUCAUCCUUCAAAAUUAAAUGAGGUAGAACAGCUAUUGUACUAUCUACAGAACCGCCGUGAUUCAUUGUCAGGAAAAGAGAAAAAAGAAAAAUCAAGCAAGCCUAAAGAUCCACCUCCUUUUGAAGGAAUGGAGAUUGAUGAAGUUGCUAACAUUAACGACAUGGAUGAAUACAUUGAGUUAUUAUAUGAAGAUAUUCCUGACAAGGUUCGGGGUUCUGCUUUGAUCUUGCAGCUUGCUCGAAAUCCUGAUAACUUGGAAGAACUGCUGUUGAAUGAAACUGCCCUCGGUGCUUUAGCAAGAGUCCUGAGAGAAGACUGGAAGCAAAGUGUUGAGUUAGCUACAAACAUAAUUUACAUCUUUUUUUGCUUUUCCAGCUUUUCUCAGUUUCAUGGACUUAUCACUCAUUAUAAAAUUGGAGCUCUCUGUAUGAAUAUUAUUGAUCAUGAGUUAAAAAGACACGAACUUUGGCAAGAAGAACUUUCUAAGAAGAAAAAAGCUGUCGAUGAAGACCCUGAAAACCAAACCUUGAGAAAGGAUUAUGAAAAAACCUUUAAAAAAUACCAGGGGCUUGUGGUAAAACAGGAACAACUAUUAAGAGUUGCUCUUUAUUUGCUUCUGAAUCUUGCUGAGGAUACGCGUACAGAACUGAAGAUGAGGAACAAGAACAUAGUUCACAUGUUGGUGAAGGCUCUUGAUCGGGACAAUUUUGAGCUGCUUAUUCUGGUGGUGUCAUUCUUAAAGAAACUCAGCAUUUUUAUGGAGAAUAAAAAUGAUAUGGUGGAAAUGGAUAUUGUUGAAAAAUUGGUAAAAAUGAUACCCUGUGAGCAUGAAGACCUACUGAACAUCACCCUCCGACUUUUACUAAACUUAUCCUUUGACACGGGCCUGAGGAAUAAGAUGGUACAAGUUGGACUGCUGCCCAAACUGACUGCACUCCUAGGCAAUGAAAACUAUAAACAAAUAGCAAUGUGUGUUCUUUACCACAUAAGCAUGGACGACCGCGUUAAGUCAAUGUUUGCAUACACUGACUGUAUACCACAGUUAAUGAAGAUGCUCUUUGAAUGUUCAGAUGAACGAAUUGACUUGGAACUCAUUUCUUUCUGCAUUAAUCUUGCUGCUAAUAAGAGGAAUGUACAACUUAUUUGUGAAGGAAAUGGGCUGAAGAUGCUCAUGAAGAGGGCUCUGAAGUUCAAGGAUCCAUUGCUGAUGAAAAUGAUUAGAAACAUUUCCCAGCAUGAUGGACCAACUAAAAAUUUAUUUAUUGAUUAUGUUGGGGAUCUUGCAGCCCAGAUCUCUAAUGAUGAGGAGGAGGAAUUUGUUAUUGAAUGUUUGGGAACUCUUGCAAAUUUGACCAUUCCAGACUUAGACUGGGAAUUGGUUCUUAAAGAGUACAAGUUGGUCCCAUACCUCAAGGAUAAAUUAAAACCAGGUGCUGCAGAAGAUGACCUUGUUUUAGAAGUGGUUAUCAUGAUUGGCACUGUAUCCAUGGAUGACUCUUGUGCUGCCUUGCUAGCCAAAUCUGGAAUAAUCCCUGCACUCAUUGAAUUGCUAAAUGCUCAGCAAGAAGAUGAUGAGUUUGUAUGUCAGAUAAUUUAUGUCUUCUACCAGAUGGUUUUCCACCAAGCCACAAGAGAUGUCAUAAUCAAGGAAACACAGGCUCCAGCAUAUCUCAUAGACCUGAUGCAUGAUAAAAAUAAUGAAAUCCGGAAGGUCUGUGAUAAUACAUUAGAUAUUAUAGCGGAAUAUGAUGAAGAAUGGGCUAAGAAAAUUCAGAGUGAAAAGUUUCGCUGGCACAACUCUCAAUGGCUAGAGAUGGUAGAGAGUCGUCAGAUGGACGAGAGUGAGCAGUACUUGUAUGGGGAUGAUCGAAUUGAGCCAUACAUUCACGAAGGUGAUAUUCUCGAAAGACCUGACCUUUUCUACAACUCAGAUGGAUUAAUUGCCUCUGAAGGAGCCAUAAGUCCAGAUUUCUUUAAUGAUUAUCACCUUCAAAAUGGAGAUAUAGUUGGACAGCACUCAUUUCCUGGCAGCCUUGGAAUGGAUGGCUUUGGCCAACCAGUUGGCAUUCUUGGACGCCCUGCCACAGCUUACGGAUUCCGCCCUGAUGAACCUUACUACUAUAGCUAUGGAUCUAGAUAAAGUCAUCCCUUUCCAUGAGUACCCUCAGUUUAGGAUAAAUCUGUGUGGGUUGGGUUAACUUUGAAUCUUGGCCUAAUAAUGCAUGUUGAUACUAUUGUGGGUCUGUGUUUCUUUUAUUUUUCAAUGUUGUUAGCGGCAGAUUAAUUCCAACCUCUCUGUCUUCUUUUAAGUACAGUCGAUGGUGACGCUGUUCACUCAUCCAGUCACAUCUUGAUGCUGAAUAACAUUUCCCAUUAGACUCAAAGUGAAUGUUGAAAACUACUAGACUGGAAAACAAACACUACAUUAUGUACAUUAAGUGACUAAUUUAAUUUCUAUUAAACGUAAAAUGCAAAUGAAUGAAA